CUGAUUCGGUGCCAUCAGUCCCGGGGUGGAGCUUGUGGCGAUAACAUUCAGUCCUACACAGCCACAGUCAUCAGUGCAGCCAAAACAAUAAAAACUGGGCUCACCAUGGUUGGAAAAGUUGUAACCCAGCUGACGGGCACUUCACCAUCAGGAGCAGCAGAAGAAGAAAUCUUAGCGCACAGCAAUACUCGACGCAGCCCCUUGGUCCCCGGAAUUGUCACUGUUAUUGAUACUGAGAUGGUUGGAGAAGGGCAGGUGCUGGUGAGUGAGGACUCAGAUAGUGACGGCAUCGUGGCUCACUUCCCAGCCCACGAGAAACCCAUUUGUUGCAUGGCUUUCAACCCCAGCGGCAUGCUUCUGGUAACAGCAGACACACUAGGCCACGAUUUCCACAUCUUCCAAAUUCUCACCCACCCCUGGUCAUCUUCACAAAGUGCCGUCCAUCAUUUGUACACGUUACACCGCGGGGAGACUGAAGCCAAAGUGCAAGAUAUUGCAUUCAGCCAUGACUGCAGAUGGGUGGCAGUUAGCACCCUUCGAGGCACCUCCCACGUCUUCCCCAUCAAUCCCUAUGGAGGGCACCCCUGUGUACGUACUCACAUGUCACCCCGCGUCGUAAACCGCAUGAGUCGCUUCCAGAAGAGUGCGGGCCUAGAGGAGAUUGAGCAGGAGCUGACCACGAAACAAGGAGGACGCUGCAGCCCCGUGCCAGGGCUUUCAAGCAGCCCAUCUGGCUCACCUCUCCAUGGUAAAUUGAACAGUCAAGACACUUAUAACAAUUUCACCAACAAUAAUCCGGGAAACCCUCGCCUCUCCCCACUUCCAAGUCUCACUGUGAUGGUACCUCUUGCUCAGAUCAAGCAACCUAUGACUUUAGGAACCAUCACAAAACGUACAGGACCUUACCUGUUUGGAGCAGGAUGUUUUUCCAUAAAAGCUCCAUGCAAAAGCAAACCAGCCCCACAAAUUUCACCCAGCAAAUCUGUUGGAGGAGAAUUCUGCGUUGCUGCUGCCUUUGGCUCAUCAAGGUCUUGGUUUGCAAGCAAUCCUGGUCUUAAGAGAGAGAAAGAUCAGUCCAAGCAGUUCAUUGUCGAGUCUCUGUAUAUCAUCAGCUGCUAUGGCACUUUGGUGGAACAUAUAUUGGAACCUCGACCGCUCAGCACCGCUCCUAAGAUCAGUGAUGACACCCCACUGGAAAUGGUGACCUGCCCACGGGCUAGUUGGACUCUUGUCAGAACUCCCCAGUGGAAUGAACUGCAGCCGCCCUUUAACUUGAAUCAUCCGCUCCUCCUGGCCGCAGAUUCUGUGCAGUGCUACCAGUAUCUGCUUCUUGGCUUAGUUCCAUUUGGAAGCCCAGGGCCGAUUACUCGCCAUGAGUCCUAUGACAGUUUGGCUUCUGAUCACAGUGGACAAGAAGAUGAAGGAUGGCUUUCUCAGGUUGAAAUUGUGACUCACACUGGACCUCACCGACGCCUGUGGAUGGGCCCCCAGUUCCAAUUCAAGACUAUUCACCCUUCAGGUCAAACAACUGUAAUUUCCUCCAGUUCUUCAGUGCUUCAGUCCCAUGGUCCCAGUGAUACUCCACAGCCUCUCCUGGACUUCGACACGGAUGAUUUGGAUUUAGACAGUCUCAGGAUCCAGCCUGUACGUUCUGAGCCUGUUAGCAUGCCGGGGUCAUCACGCCCAACUUCUGAUCACCGAGGAGGUUCUUCAGCAACUGAUGCUACCUCAGGGACCUUUGACCGGAGCAUGACUCUCUUGGAAGUCUGCGGGAGCUGGCCGGAGACCUUUGGCCUGCGUCACUUGUCUUCCAUGGAGCAGACGGAUGAAGGCCUUCGGGAGAGGCUAGCAGACGCCAUGUCUGAGUCACCCAGCCGGGACACAGCGGCAUCUGGAACAGAACUCCAGCGAGAAGGAAGCAUCGAAACCUUGAGUAACAGCUCAGGGUCCACCAACGAAAGCAUUCCACGUACUUUUGAUGGUUACCGGUCACCUCUUCCCACCGAGAGCCAGCCUCUGAGCCUCUUUCCAACGGGUUUCCCAUAAACCAUGUUCCUGGGGAAAAAGAAAUCUUCAACUCAAACUGGCCAACCAGCCAGUCUUCCACAGAAGUUCUUGAUGUCCAUCUGGCUCAGUGGUUCCCUAAAACACAUGGACGCCGUGUCUGCUUUUCGCCCUUCCGGGACUCUACAAACAAAAUGCUGCGUUUGCUCUAUUGUGCAAUAUGACUGGGGAGAUUCCUUUCAUCUGAAUAGCUUUCUAAUAUUUCUCCUCCCAACCCUCAAAUCAAGGGAAGUGGCUGUUUUCAAGAAGUAUGUUAAAGCUCCUUGCCAAAAUGUGCUGCUCCUCUUCCCCACCGCUCCCCUAUCUCCAUACGGAGAUUUGGACUCAAACUCAAUUCAUUGCUAACUGUAGGACGUAAAGCCGCUGUCCAUAUUUCGUGCGUUUGGAGAACAGGUCCCCUAAUUCAGAGUUGUUGGUAUCUUUGCGAAUCUCUAUCCAAAGCAUCACAGUUGGACUAAACACGAAUGAGGACUAGAUUCAGAUAGAGCAUGGAUUAGUUUCCAAGAUUGUUAGUCAGUUCCUGAAAUCCACCUUGGUUUGACAUCUCUGUGCUCUUCCCCUGAUAUCAAAGCCAGGAGUAUUAUAUGCAAAGGAGCUCUUUAUUUUUUUUAUUUUUUUUU